AUAUAUGUAUUGAUACGUACAGUGUGUUGCAUAUGAUAUGUUUAAUCAUAAGCCACACCUCAAUGCCAGCCAUUGUGUGAUUCAUUGAUUGAGUGAUUGUUUGUGUGAUUUGUAUGAAAACUACAAUCAAUUGGUCAUCAAUUGGUCGCAAAUUAUUACUUGUUUUUGUCAACAUUUGAUCCAAUUAUUCAAUCGAUAUGAUGGAUGAUAUUAAAGAUCGCAAUUCAAAUGGUUUGGGUAAUGAUAAGGAUAGAGACCGAGAUCGCGGUCGUGACCGGCGGUCGAGUCCAAGUCGUCGUCGGAGAUCUCGAUCUCCAGUUAGCCGGCGCUCUGACGAUCGAUCCGGUGGUCAUUCAGGUCGUGAUAGUCGUGCAUCUCGUCGGGUAUAUGUGGCCAACGUUCCGUUUGACGUGAAAUGGUCUGACCUGAAAGACUUGUUCCGCGAUAAGAUUGGAAACGUAACGUAUUGUCAGCUGUUUGAAAAUGAGGACAAUAAGAGUCGAGGCUGUGGUUUAGUUGAAUUUGCAGACUCGACUGCGGCCCGAAAAGCCAUCGAUGUUUUGCACAGAUAUGAGUAUAGGGGACGAGAACUUGUUGUCAAAGAAGAUCUGGAUUGUGAACGAGACCGUUGCGGUCGACUUAUUCUUCCAUCUCGUAGAGGAGACAGAGAUCGAGGAGACCGUGAAAGGGAGUACCGUUCAGACGCCUAUGACUCCAGUGUUGGCAAUAGUCAGUCGUACAACACUUACGGAUUGAGUCCACAAUUUCUUGAAUCGCUCGGCGUUAAGGGUCCGCUCAAUAAUCGUAUAUUUGUGGCAAAUCUUGACUACAAAGUGGGCGAACAUAAGUUGGAAGAGAUCUUUAAAUUGGCCGGAAAAGUGACUAACGUUAAGCUUUAUACUGACGCCACCGGCAAUAGCAAAGGUCACGGAACUGUUGAGUUUGAACAUCCAGUAGAAGCAGUUCAGGCCAUCUCUAUGUUUCACAAUCAGAAGCUGUUUGGUCGGGCAUUAAGUGUACGAAUGGAUAAAUACGAUAACGACGAACCACCUCAUGAGGCAAUACCAUCUAAAUUGCCUCCAGGUCUCGAUGGUGUCGGUAAAGGUCUUGGUAUUGGUGGUCAACCGUUGAAUAUCCAGAAAAGUAUGUUAAGUACGUCUUCGAAUCAGCCGAUAAAUGCCAUUCAGAGUCAACCGCCUCCCGUUCCCGCACCGAAUGCUGCAUUAAGUGCUUUAACUAAUUUAGCACAAUUGCCAUCAUUUGCACAAUCGUUGUCUCAGUUGAACCAAACACCUACAGUUGGUACAGUAGGUACCAAUCAAGUGGCUAAUAAUGGUCUCAACAUUCCUGGUUUUGUUAGUACAGUUGAUCGUUCGCUGUCCAGUUUAGGUCCGAAUGCCGGUUCCUCUCUAAACAAUUUGAACCAAAAUGUGAAUCCCGGUCUCAAUUCAAAUUUGAAUUCAUUUGCCAACACAGCACAGAAUGUAUUGGCCUCCCUGUCCAAUGUUAGCUCUCAACCACUUUCUGGUAUUAAUCCAUUACAGAUGUCUAACUCUCAUAAUCCCCAUAAUCCACACAAUCCUCACACACAACAUACAGGUCUUAAUGCAAAUAAUGGCAAUUUAAGUGUUUAUAGCACUUAUGAGAGAGAGUUUAGAGAUGAUAGAGUUCGGCCACAGACUACUAUUUCGGACACAAUAAUUGUCCGCAAUUUGCCGCCGACUUUCAGUUGGCAAAACUUGAGGGACAGAUUCAAUGAGAUCGGAGAGGUUAGGUUCGCUGAAAUGAAAAGUCACGGUCAGGCUAUUGUCCGAUUCAGGUCAGAUCGGGACUCACAACGAGCCGUUGAUCUCAUGAAUGGCAUCCGCAUUGAUAACCGACCGAUUGAAGUCAAUAUAUAUUAGAUAUUGAAAUCAAUAUACAAUACAUUACAGAA